AUGAUUCAUGUUACAAAUGAAGGAAGCAAGACAGAUUUGAAGGUUGAUUCUUAUGGCAGGUUCUUGUAUUUUUUUGUAUUCUAUGGAGCUUGGAUAAAUGGAUUUGCUUAUACAAGAAAAGUCCUAGCUGUUGAUGGAACACAUUUGUUUGGAAAGUAUGGCGGAGUGUUGUUGUCUGCUGUGGCGUUGGAUACCGAAAAUCACAUAUUUCCCUUGGCAUUUUGUAUUGUAAAUUCGAAGGCGAAAGCAUAUCAGAGGGACGAGUUUAAUGAUCAUUUUCAACAAAUCAAAAAUUUGGAUAUUAGUGUCGCCAAAUAUCUUGAGGAUGUUGGUUUCCACAGAUGGAGUAGAGCACACUUCCCUGGCAACAGGUAUGAUGUAAUGACCACCAACAUUGCUGAGUCAAUUAAUUCGAUGUUCUUGGCAGAAAGAGAAUUCCCAAUCACUGCUCUAUUCAAUUCUAUAAAUAGGAGGUUUGCUCAAAAAUUUCAUGAGAGGCGUAUGAUGUUGGCCAACACAUCAACCAUAUGUGCCCCUUCUGUUGAAAGAAAAAUAAGAGAAAAUGUAACUAUAGGCAAUACACUAUUGGCCCAUCAAAUAAGCUUCCACACUUUUAGCAUCAUUGGUCAUGGUUCAGUGGCUAUGGUUGAUCUAAACAAUAGAACAUGUUCUUGUAGAGAGUUUGAUUUGAACAAAAUACAUUGUCCACAUGCUAUUGCAGCGAUAAGAAUCCAGUUCGGGGAUGAUUAUGGAUUAAGAAUUUAUGAUUUUGUUUCUCCAUAUUAUUCAGUAUGGUCAUACAAACAUGCAUAUGAAAAAUUAAUUCAUCCAGUGUUAUCUGAAGAAUUUUGGGAGCUUCCUCCAGAGCUUUUGGAGAGUAAAAUACCUUGUCCAUAUGUGGUGCGCAAAUUGGGCCAAAAGAAGAGAAAAUGUGCACCUUCAGUCUUGGAGCGGGGUUCAAAGAAGAAGAAAAAUAAAUGCUCCAUAUGCAAAAGAGUUGGUCACAAAAGAACUACGUGUAGUCUCAGAGUGAGACAAAAUGAAGGAACAAGCAGUAGUGUAGCUUCUUAA